CGGCGAGACUUCCGGGACACGGCCGGCUGCCGGCUGCGUCUGUCUCGUCCCCCCGACCCCGGACCCCCGUAGCGGCCGCCUGGACCCGGGACCCCCGGCCAAAGAGUGACGAUGCCAAGCCAGCCUCUGGGCAAAGAAGCCAGGACCAUGGAGGGGGACAGGGACAGGGACGGGGACUCUGCUCCGGAGAUGAAUGGGCUGGAGGAGGAGGGCAGCGAGGACGAGCAGAGCGCUAGCCAGACAGAGUCCGAUGGGGAGAGCUCAGAAAUGGACGAUGAGGACUGUGAGCGGCGCCGGGUCGAGUGCCUUGACGAGAUGUCUGACCUGGAGAAGCAGUUCUCGGAACUAAAGGAGAAGCUGUUCAAGGAGCGGCUGAGCCAGGUGUGUUUCCGGCUCGAGGAGGUUGGGGCCGAGCGGGCCCCUGAGUACACCGAGCCCCUUGGGGGGCUGCAGCGGAGUCUCAAGAUUCGAAUUCAGGUGGCUGGCAUCUACAAGGGCUUCUGUCUGGAUGUGAUCAGGAACAGAUAUGAAUGUGAGCUUCAGGGGGCCCGGCAGCACCUGGAGAGUGAGCGGCUGCUGCUGUAUGAUGCCCUCCAGGGGGAGCUCCAAGAGCGGAUUCAGCGGCUUGAGGAGGACCGCCAGAGCAUUGACAUCAACUCUGAAUGGUGGGAUGACAAGCUACACCCAAAAGGAAGCUCGAGGCCCUGGGAGGCCCUGCAGUCAGGCAAGAGGAAGAAGGCACCGCUUGUCUCUGGUCCUUACAUUGUCUACAUGCUGGAGGAUGUGGACAUUCUGGAGGACUGGACGGCCAUUAAGAAGGCUAAGGUGGCUGUGUCCCCACAGAAGAGAAAAGUUGAGGCCCCAGAAGGGCAGACAAGCUGCACCCAAGGCCUGACCGGACACUUUGGUCUCCUGGACCGGCUCCUGGGCCCUCCAGCCUCCAGAUGACUCCACGGCCUGGACUCCACCAUCUGGCCUCUUGACAACUGGGAUGCCACCAGGCUGUAGAUGUGGGGCUGACCCAGGUGUCCUGGAUGCCUGUCCCCAGAUGUGGGGGACUGUCGCAUCCCCUGUCACUUUCACCUGGAGCCAGUAGACUCUUAGAAUGGCCCAGUGUCAGCCCGGGGUCACUGGAAGCCGUCCUGUUGACCUGAGGCUGCUGGGGGUAGGGGCGCAAGGCCAGCUGGAUGUCUCUCUGCUGUCACUUAGAAGCUCCUUGAAAUGACACAUUUUUGGAUUGAGAAUGAAGGAACCCAGGUUUUCCCAGGGUCCUGGGGAUUAGAAUCAUGGUGACAUAAUUAAAAUUUAAUAAUUAAAACAAC